AUGGAAGAGUCAUUCGAUCGGGCAUGCCCGGAUCUUGAUGAGGAGGAAGCUCACGAAGUGAAGGCGCUCCUUCGAUGGAUUUUGCAAUAUGAUCCCGCGAAAAGACCUUCACCUGCGGAAAUCUUAUCCCAUCCAUGGUUCUGCAAGAUUGACGUUGAGAGCGGCUCGUCCAAGGUCAAUACAGUCUAG